UCUCUUUCUUAACCAGUCGGUUCUCGUUCUAUAUCAUCCAUAUUCCUCUAUCACUGACACCCCAUCAUCAUCACUCGCUCCUUCCUUCACCACUUCGUAGUCCCAUUCACUCGUUUUCGAGAUCUCCAGAUAUUGUCUCUCCCGCAGCUAUGGCAGAGAAGGUGACCAGAAUGGUGAUAAAGGUGGAUUUGCAGUGCUGUCGCUGCUACAAGAAGAUCAAGAAAAUUCUCUGUCAAUUCCCCCAAAUCCGAGACCAGAUAUACAAUGAAAAGCAGAACAUGGUGUUGAUCACCGUCGUGUGCUGCAGCCCGGAGAAGAUCCGGCAGAUGAUCAUCUGCAAGGGUGGCGAGACGGUGCUGGGUGUUGAGAUCCUGCUCGACAAACCCAAGGAGCCUGCAAAGCCCAAGGAGCCUGCAAAGCCCAAGGAGCCCGAGAAGCCUAAGGAGACCGAGAAGCCUAAGGAGCCCGAGCCACCAAAAGUUCCUCCCCCGACACCGCCACAGCAGGCGCCCCCAGCGCCGCCCCCGGAGGUGCUAAAACCGGUGUUGGGCUAUCCGCCAGUGCCAGUGUAUCCGAUGGUGCCGGUGUGUCCGAUCGUUGGGGUGUGUUGUUGUCCACCAGGUUAUGGAGGGUAUCGUGGGGGACCAUGCUAUUGUGGGCGGAGGAGGCCAGUGAUGUGCGAUGAUGGAUGUGGAAGACCGGCUGGGGAGUGUCAAGGCGGGAACAGAGGUUUCCAUCCUGGGCAGGGGAGGCCAGUGAUGUGCGAUGAUGGAUGUGGAAGACCGGCUGGGGAGUGUCAAGGCGGGAACAGAGGUUUCCAUCCUGGGCAGGGGAGGCCAGUGUUGUGCGAUGAUGGAUGUGGAAGACCUGCUGGUGAGUGUCAAGGCGGGAACAGAGGCUUCCAUCCUGGGCAGGGGAGGCCAGUGAUGUGCGAUGACGGGUGUGGAAGACUGGCUUGUGAGUGUCGGGGUGGGAGAGGUUACUACGGGAGCCGAUGUGAUUACUUCAGUGAAGAAAAUGCCAUUGGAUGCACCGUCAUGUGAUCAACUUCAAAAUUUCUCAUGUCAAUUGCUAAUGUGGUCACUGUGCGAAAGAUACAUGAGUCAACUUUUCAGGGCUUUCGUGGGGUCUUUUAUCGUUGUGGGUAUAGAGAGAUUGAUAAGGUUGGUGGUCUAGUAUGGUGGUAUAUGUAGUCAAGUGUGUUCAACGCAAAGCUUGUCGCUGGUUGAUUUCUUCAUUUCAAUAAGAUCAACUCCUUUUUAUUUCUCA